AUGGCGCUCAAUACUAAUAACACGAACUCGUCCGGCAUCUCCGAUAUCUUCCAAGGCAAUGCCGGCGCUGCGCAGACAUCUGGCGGUAUCACGACCAAAGCCUUUGUUCUGAACUUGGCUACGGGCUUUGCUCUGUUCGUCUUCCAACUCUCCGGCUUCUUCUUGCUCAAAAGCUCCAACCUAGGUCGACGACUAUACCAGCCCAAGACAUACCUCGUCCCGAAGCGCUUACGAGUCGAGGCGAUCCCAGUGAGUCCGCUCAGAUGGAUCCGCCGUAUCUUCUCCAUCAAGGAUGAGGAACUCAAGCUCAAAUGUGGACUCGAUGGAUACUUCGCCGUUCGCUUCUUACGGGCCAUGACUGUCAUCUUCCUUCCUGUCAUGCUCUUCUGCGUGAUUACACUGCUCCCGGUCAACUAUCAUGGCGGCAAGGGUCAACAUGACUUCAUCGUCGGCGGACAUUCACAGGAAUAUAAUGUCACUGGACUCGAUACAUUGUCCUGGCAAAAUGUGGCCCCAACGAAGACCAACCGAUACUGGGCGCAUUUAACUUGUGCCCUGGUAAUGAUCUCCUGGACACUCUAUCGCAUCUACCGCGAAAAGAUGCACUUCAUUACGGUCCGACAGGCGUACCUGACAUCUCCAGAGCAAAGACUGAAGGCUUCUGCCAAGACCAUUCUGGUCACAAACAUCCCGAGUGAAUAUCGUAGCACGGAUGCGCUCAGUGCCCUUUUUGAUGUGUUCGUGGACAACGAUGAUCGGAGCAGACUACAUGUAUGGGUGAAUCGCGAUUACUCUUCUCUACGAAACCUCGUUACGCGCCGCAAAAAGCUGUGCCAUUCGCUCGAGAAGGAGGAGUUGAGGUUAUUGCGCCUGGUACACAAGAAUCUUCGGAAGGACGGUAAGGUUGCCGUCAAGCCCGGAGAUUCCGAGCAGCCUGCAGAGGAAUCUGUCCGCACAUACGAUGAGCAAGUGGCAGUCCAGGUGCAGCCUCCCUCCGACCUCAUCAGGGAUGCUUUCGAGGCAGACAAUACGCGAAAUGUCCAAUUGUGGCGCAACUUUCUCCCAGACUCUCAGCAGGCAUACAUCAGCAUCGCAAAAGACAAGGACGGUCAAUACCGGCCAGUUUCGUCUCUCAAAUUCUGGCAGCGCAAACAUGACCGCGUACUCAAGAUCGCCUGGCUUCGAGCGGAGAUUGCUCGUCUCACAGUGGAGAUCGAAGACCUGCUACCCGAGCUUGACAACGAAGAAAAGUUCAAACUGCAAAAUUCUGCAUUCGUCCAGUUCGAUCGACAGAUGGCCGCGAACAUGGCCUGCGCAUUGACGACUCAUCAUGCGCCCGGGCGCAUGUAUCCGCGAUUCCUGCACGUGGCGCCGCAUGAGGUCCUUUGGCGGAACAUGGGCCUGACCUCUCUCGCGCGCUUCGCCCGAACCUGCAUCGCACUGAUCCUCUUCGUCGCCAUGCUAUUGCUUUGGAGUAUACCAGCCUUCUUCCUCGGUAUCCUGAGCCAGUUGGAGUCUCUCAGAAACAACACCAAGUGGCUGGCAUGGCUCAAAGACUGGCCGAGCUGGAUCAUCAGUCUGAUCUCCGGUCCACUCACAGCCAUCCUGCUCGCCCUCCUGGUGCAGCUGGUCGUACCCGCGCUUUGCCGAAAGCUUGCGGUCCUCUGCGGCGUACCCACCCGCAGCAGACGCGAAGUCGUCACCCAAGGCUUCUAUUUCACCUUCCUCCUCAUCGAGCUGGUGCUAGUGACUUCGAUAUCAUCGGGCCUCCUCGCGGUCAUCCCCGUUAUUGCAAAUAACCCCACACUGAUUACACAAACGUUGGCUACCAAUCUGCCGAAGGCGGCGAAUUACUUCUUCAACUACCUCAUCAUUCAAGCAUUGGGCUUCUCUGGCUCCGCCCUUUUCCAGUAUCUUCGCAUCCUCUUCAUCACAUUGAUCUGGCCGUGGUUCUCGCAGACGCCGAGAGAAGAGGCGUGGCUGCAGGUAACCAUACCACAUCAGAUGUGGGCCAAUGUCUUCUCACUUUGGACUAACUUUGCUGUCAUUGGCCUCAUCUAUUCCAUCAUCGCUCCUCUGAUGCUCAUAUUCGUAUCAGCAUUGUUUGUUCUCUUCUUCAUAGUGUACCGUCACAACUACUACUAUGUACAACGCAACAAGGUUGAUACCUUUGGCGCACUUUUCGAGGGGGCGUUGUCACAGCUGUUUGCAGGAGUUUACAUCCUUGAAAUCACGUUGAUCGGCCUUUUCUUUCUCGUACGGAACACCGAAGACAAAGUCGUAGCGACGCCGCAGGCCAUCAUCAUGAUCAUUGCCUUGGCCUUCACCGCCGCGUAUCAUUACAUUCUGGAGCACUCCUUGAGUCCGCUAUACGAGCUGCUUCCCGUGACGCUGGAAGACAGGGCCGCGGACGCCGAAAGGGAGCGUUUCACGCAAAUAAGUCCCUCCGGUAGUCGUAGCGAAGAGACCAGCGAGGUUCAGGGCAGUCCAGCGACUGCUGAGCCAGGCAGUCCAGAGUCCCUUGUAUGCCUAAGGCCAAGCUCGACGGAGAAACGGAGCCGAACGCAGGUUGCUGGCUCCAACGAUAAGGAAGAGGCGCCCAGGGGUAUCGUCAGCACAGCAGCCGACGCGCGAAAGACGAUGCUUGGUCUCCACCACCGCAUCGAAGUGCGACUUGCAGCUGCAAAUCGACAGCCCUCUACGCAGCCCUACCCGCACCGCGUUUCUGGUCGCCGCUCACGCAAGAUCGAGGUUGCCAACCAACUCGGCGAAGCCAUUGCAGGAUAUCCGGACGAGCUUCUCGACCUGUCGCCCUCGGAACGAGAUGCCGAGCUCAGAGCCGCAUACCAAGACCCCGUUACGCGAGAUCCGCAGCCAGUUGUAUGGAUCCCGCAAGAUGCUGUAGGUCUGUCGGACCAGAUUAUCCGCAGUUCGGAGAAAUAUGGACGCUGGCUGCAGUAUAGCAGCGCUGGUGCAUAUCUGACAGAGAAGGGCAAGUGCGAAGUGACGCAGCCAGCGCCUGAUGUGCGAAGUGACUGGCUACUGGACUGGGUUCUGUAG